CAUUACGCUUAGAGGCCGAGAAAACUAUUUCCUUUUUUUUUUAUAUGUAUAUAUAUAUAUGUAUAUGUAUAUGAUAUGUAUAUAUAUAUAUACAUAUAUAGGGAAAUAAAGGAUACAAGUUUUGUUGACGUUUUUUCGAUCGAUAAUAGAUCUGUGAAUUGCAUUGAUUCCAUGGAAAUUCGUGAGAUGUAAUUAUAAACUGGAAUAUGUAAAGUGUAUUUAUCUUCGUUGCUUGGAAACUCCAUGCUGUAAUAUUUAACUGUAACGACCUUUCCACAUUAUAAUGGAACAAGUAGAUACAACAUCAGAUGAAUGUAUUAAUAAAAUCCAAGAUGGAGAUAUCAUUAUAAAUGAGGAAAUAGUUAACUUUGUGGAAUGUCCACAUAUAGAGAACGUGGUGAAAGUAUCAACUAAUAUUGAAAAUAAAAUUGAUAAAGAUCUUCAGAGUACUUGUAAAACAGUGUUAUCUGAUGAUAUUUCUAAUGUGCAGACAGAUACCAAAAAUAUAUUCAAAAAUGAACUGCAAGUAGUAGAUAAGGAACAGGAGAAUUUAGAAAAUGGUAAUGAAGUAUCAAUUAAAGAAAAUUAUAAUGAUUCGUUUGAAGUAUCACAAAAUACGAUUAUUACGGAUGCAUGUGUGAAAAAUACUGAUCAUCAAUGUGCUGAAAAAAGUAUUCAACUUGUUAAAGAAAUUGAUGCCUUAUCCGAAAAAUCGGUUGAAAUAGAUAAUGGAUCUAAUCUCACAUCAAUUAUGCAAUGUAAUAGUACAAAAUCAUCAAUAAUAUCUGAGGAGGUACUAACAGAUAAUAAUACAAAGAAAAACAAGAAUAGUACUGUUUGUACAAUAUUAGAUAUAACAGAAUCAGAAAGUGCCAAUAUUCCAUGCGAUGAAUUACUUGAUUCAUUAAAUCAAGUCACCAAUGAUAAAGAACAUUCCUUACAUGAAACUGUUAAACAAAUAAGUAAGGAUGACGAUAAUCAAAACAAUUCAAUAGUUAUGGACGCAGAACUAAAUAAAUUAGUAGAAGAAAAUACGGAAGUCGUUGUUGUGACGGUUGAAACCAUACCUGUUCCUUCUGAUUCUAGCAAGCAGAAUACAAUGCCAAUUGUAUUAGAAGAAAGAACUGAUAUGAUAAAUGAGAAAGAUUUAAUCGCAACAAAUAAAGAAGAUGAUAAAAAUGAUUAUAAGAAUAAUGAUUUGGAACUUAUCAAUUAUCAUCAAGAAGAUAACAGCUCUGUAAUAGAAGUCAUUUCGACAGAAAUUGUGCAAUCAAAAGAUGCGGAGAUAUGUGUAUCAGAAAAUAAGACUGAAAGCAUAAUCGAAAAUGAAUUGGAUACAACAUUAAAGGAUACAAUAAAUGAAAAAUGUCAUAGAGGAAAUUUACGAAAUGAUGAUAAUGAGAAUGAAAAUAUUUCACAAAAAAAUAACGGCAAUACUAAAAAACAGAACAUCUUAUUGAAAAUUGAUAUAAAGAAAGAAAUAAUAAGUGAAACCCAUGCUAAUAUAGACAAAGUAUCAAAAAUGAAAGAUGUGUCUAUUAAAGAUAAUGAUGUUAAUCUUCCUGCAUGUACAAUAAAUGCGAAAUCAGAUAUUAUAAUUGAAUCAGAUAUAGCAUCAGCAUCUAAAAGAAGUGUUAUUCAAGAUAUAUUCGAUGAUUGGGGAGUAGAAAAUCCUGAAGAAGAAAAUCAAUCAAAUCCUAAGGUACAAGAUUCGGUAGAAAUCGAAUUGAAAAGCUUAUUGGAUGAUCCUAAAAAUAUAGAAAGCAUAGAUAAUACAGCAUCAUUAAAAGAACAAAAAAUUUGUUCCAAUGACAAUAAAUCUAUUAUUGAUGUAUCACAUAAUACUAUAGUUUCUGUAGAUAAUAUAAGAGAAAAAACUUUAAAGGAUACAAUAGAAGAAGAAGAACAAACGCAAAAGAAAGAAGUAACAUCUCAAGAAAAUCCUGUAACAUCUAUAAUGCAAGAAAAAUUAACUCAUUCAUUAUCACAAAACCUUGGUAAAUCUACACGAAAUGUUACUCAAGAUUCAGUUUUGUCUCAUCAGACAGUACAAUGUAAUGCUACAACAGUUAAAAAUCGUAAUCGUCAUUUAACUAGUCAAAUAGUCUCACCUGCAGAAGUAACAGAAGUAUUAAAGGAAAGAUUACGAGAAAAACAAAAAAUCGUCGAAGCACCACGUGGGCCAGAUAUAUUCUUUGUGAAAAAAAUAACGCAAAGAUUAUCAAGCAAAUUAGCUGGUGGUUCUAUAUCUUCAAUGCCAGCACUUAUACCAUUACCACAUCCUGUUCAACCUGCAGAUAAUUUUAAUAAGAAAGAUACAGAAAAUAAUUCUGUGCAAUCUACAAAAGAAGGAAAUUCAGAUAAUAAAGAACUAUUAGCAAUCUUAGAAGGUGAUGUUGAUCCAGAUUGGUCCAAUUUAAAACCACCAACACUUAUAGAUGAGGGAAAAACUUCAGUAAACAUUGAACAUAAUGAACUUAGUUCACCUCCUAAACUUGAUCCUUCGGUCGAACGUGAAUUAGCAUUAAAGCAACUUCUUGAAUUACCUGUAACACCAUUAAGGAAAAGCACUCCUAAACGAAAAAAACCGCUUAAAUCAGGACUCAGCAGAAUAUCUAAAAACAUUGAUAAGAAUGUUGAAAAUGGAAACGAAACAAAAGAAAUUGUUAAUAUCGAUUUAAUAGAUGAAGAUAUAAAAUCUAAUACAAAUGAUGAAUCUUCUCCAGAGGCUAAUGUUGUACGUUCAGUUACGCAAGAAGAACAAAGACAUCAAGAUAUAACUGGACAAGAUGUACGAAGUGAUGAGUCAAGAUCAGGUAGGAAGCGUAAGCCAACUGAAAAGGCAAGAGAACAUGAACAGAGUAUAACGAAACGUCAAAAAGUUUACAAAGGUAAAGUCUCCUUAACUAAGAAGUCUGAACCAAAACAAAAUUUAAUUGAUGUUAAUUCAUUAAACAAAGAUCAAUUAGCUACAGAUAAUGUUGUGUUAUCAGGUAGCACAGAUAAUGAAGGAAAAGAAACAGUAACAAAGGAAGUAACAAAUAAACAAUUUACGAAUAAAAUAGAGAAAAUUUUACGGAAAGCUGAAAAUUCAGCUGUUAAAAGACCAAAGCAAAGUCUUACCAAGAAGGGACCACAACCUAUUGCACCAAGGAAAAUGUUAAAACUCAUGCGACAAAAAAUGACAUCAAACAAAAAAUCUGUUAAUUUAAAGACGAAAUUGAAUACGGCAUCAAAGAAAUCUAAGAGAGUUACAAAACCGCAGAAACGUACGGUAGAUUCAACAAGUCCUGGAGAUUCUAAACCUAAAAAGAAAAUUAUUAAUGAAAUAGAUAGAUUACUUCAAGAUGAGGGAGUUGUAAAUUUAUUAUACGACGUUGAACAGCCUGACAAAAAACGUUUAGUACCUAUUACAAAAUCACAGGCAAAAGUAAUGGAUUUACAGAAAGUACAACGUGAACUUAAAAUCAGAAAAAAGUUGGUACGUAAUGCCGUUCUAAGGUUGCGUACAACUACACCUGGUAUAACAAAAGUAUCACCUAGAUCUACAAGAACUACUGUACAUUCAAAUGAUUCACGAAAUGAUCAAAAAACGAAUGAACAAUCCAAAACUGUAAAGCCAACCACUGGAUCUUCACCAACAGAAUUUAUAUAUCCUGCAAAAAUUAGAAAUGCUGCAGAUGCAUCCAUUAUAAUCAGAAGGCAUUCAUCUAGUUCUUUUUCUAGUGCAUCUGGUAGUCCUAGAGUUAGUAUCGAUGGCCCAGAUAAACAGACUUCUGAUAGUGUUCGAAUAGAUGAAGGUUCACAUUCCCUCAGAUCUAUGAAGAGGAGACAUUCGCAAGAAGAUAGAAUGCAUAUAAAAAGAAACAAAAAAAGGGAACAAAAAUAUGAUACAGAUAAUGUAAUUGCUUCAAAUGAAGAUAAAACAAUAGCAAUAAUGCGUCCAAAUAAAAAAUCAGAUAUGAAGAGACCAGACAAAAGUUUUAAACAAAUGGAAUCCUUGGUUAGCGAAGAAAGUAAUAACGGCAUUCAAAGUAAAGUUAUUACAAGAUCUAAUGGUGCAGCUGCAGGAAAAGUAACAUCAAAAAGUAGAAAAACUGCCAAGAGUAAAGUAACUUUUGCAAAAGGAAAUGACGAUGAAUAUGAAGAUUUAUCAAAGGAAGAAGAUGAACUAUCUGCCUGUCUUGCAGAGGCAGCUACUGCUUUAUCAAUAGUGAGUGCCUCUAACCGGUCAGGUAAUAUUACGAUGAAUCGUAAAAACAAAGUGAAUCCAAAUAUUGCAAAAAUAUUGGAAUUAACUGGUAAUAAAACAAAAAUAGAAAGUCGAUGUCUAUUCAGUAAUAAGGAAAUAAACGUGCGUAAGCAUGGCUAUCUUGUACAACUGAUACUUACUCCUUCAUCUUCUACAAAAAUAAGAAAUGCUCUUACACUUCAGGUAAUGCAUGAACUUCGUGAAACAUUAUCAAUAUUAAAGAAAGAUGAUGACUGUAGAGUAGUACUCUUGACUUCAACUGGAACAAGUUUUUGUGAAGGGUUGGAACUUUCCACAUUAUUGCAUCCAAACAAGGAAGAACGACGACUUCUUGCUCAAGAAAUGGCAGAUGCCGUCAAGGAUUUUAUAAAAAGUUUAGCAACUUUUAAUAAACCCAUAGUAGCUGGCGUACAAGGUGCUGCAAUUGGAUUAGGUGUAACAAUGUUACCAUUAUUUGACCUUGUAAUAGCCAGUGAUAAAGCAACAUUUAAUACUCCCUAUGGUAAAUUGGGACAAAUUGCAGAAGGUGCAGCUGUUUUCACUUUGUCGCAUAUUUUAGGAAGUGCAAUAACAAGUGAACUACUUUUGGGUGGAAGGACUUUGACAGCAAGUGAAGCAUUAAGAGCUGGUCUAGUUACUAGAGUUUUAUGGCCAGACCGUUUCCAAGUAGAAUUAUUACCUUCUUUGAAGGCUAUGAGUGAACAAUCGUCUCAGUCUAUGGAAGCAACAAAAGCUUUACUACGUCAUAGUCUACGAAAAAAAUUGGAUGCAGCAUUGGAAUCAGAAACAUAUUUAUUGAUUCAACAUUGGUGUUCUACAGAAUGUCAACUUGCUAUAAAAGCUUACAUCGAUGGAAAGAUAGAAUAAAGAAUGAUAAUGAUAUUCAUCGAAUUCAGAGAAAGUAUUGAUAAUACGUAUAUUCUGCACUGUUAAUAAGAAAUGGUGAUAAGAUUAAAGAAAUGAAGAAACCAGAUGUGAAAUGAAAAUGAUGUGGUGAUAUUGGUGUGACAUUUUACGUCAACGCACGAUUAUUUUAAGUAUAAAAAAUAAAUAUUAAAUCAUUCGAUCAGAUGGACUAUUUUAAUAUUAGACCAUUUAGGCGUAUAAAUUUAUUAUAUAUAAACAUAUAUUAUAUAUAUAUAUUAUAUAUAUGUAACAUGUAUAUAAUAUACAUGUAUAUAAUAUACAUAUAUAUAAUAUAUAUAUAUAUAUACACAUAACAUACUAACACUUUUCUGCAAUAUGUCAUUAUUGUUAGAAUAAAAUAAAGAAGUAACUAUUGUAAAAAUACGAUGCAUUUGUAUUCAUUAUGUAUAUUGAUUGAAAAAAAAAUCUUUAAAUCCAUUUGCAUAUAAACGUUCGAUAUUAAUUUGCUUUACAUUAAAUGUACAGCUGUGCCUUGGUCUAUUAUCUCUAUAUAAUUAAUAAAAAAAUAAAAUAAAAUAAAAAAAGAAAAAAACAAGAAAAAUUAAUUAAAUUAAUUGUAUCAAUAACAGCAAAUAUGAAUUUAUAUAAUUUGGAUGUAAUUGUGCAUGUAAUAUUUUAAAAAUAUUAUAUUACUAUUCAUUAUUUUUUUUAUCAUUCAUAUGUAAUUGUUAAAUCUUAUUUGAUCUUAUUAUUAUACGAUGUACCAAAAAGAGUUCUUUAUAUUUUGAGGUUUAUAAUAUUAGAUAAAUAAUGAUAUAUAAUGUGAUAUUAAAAUGUAAAUUUUAAAACAAAUAACGCGAUGAACGCAUGUUUUUUUGACGCGUAUUACAAUUUCCCUCCAAAAUAUAUCUAAAUAAUAAAAUAUUGCAACAAAGACCAGUAUUUCUUUAUGUAUACAUUAUAAUUGUAUUCUGUAAUUUGAAUAAUAAUGUAUAAUUUGUGUGUAUUCAAAUUCGCAUCCUUUCUAAAAAUGUCUAUACUUUACUAUUGGAUUUAUAAAGGACAGACGAAUGAGAUUCAUAAAAUAUAAUGAUAUAUCAUUAAAUACUGUUUAAAAACACAGAAUAAUUUGUAAAGAACACAAUAUCUCUUGUACAAAUAUUACAUAUUGUAAAAUUAAGCCAUUCUAAAAGGUGUUAUAUUAUCGAUAAAUAUAAAGCUCAUACAAAUAUAAAUGAAAUAUUCACAAGCUAAUUUGCAUGUAUUAAAAAUAUAUGAUAAUUUAUUAUAUAUAUAUAUGUAUAUAUAUAAUAAUAAUAAUUAUUAUUAUUAUAUAUAUAUGUGUGUAUAUGUAUAUAUUAUAUUUGAGUGUAAUAGUAAACAUCGCGAAUAUAUCAGUUAAUUACAAUCAAUGGACAAUUUUAGGCAACUCUUGUACAUCAAUUCAUACAUUCAAAAGUUAAAAAAGUUUAAAGUUACAAACGUUAUGAAACAGUGAAUUAAGAUUUUAUUAAACGCUUUACAAGAACACCUAUUUCUCGUAGAAUAUAUAAACCAGGCAACUAAUCAAAACAAUCCUACCUCUUUUUUGAGAUUCACUUGCUUCCACAUAGGAAGUUCUUGAAAUUCUUCUUUACUCAUUCCCAAUAAUUCCUGUGUAAAAAUAUUUCGUUAUAUAAAAAAAAGCCAUAAAAAUAAUUCACAAAUAGUUUAGUAACAAACAUAAUUAUUGAUAUAAAGUAUUUCCAAAUAAAAGAGGGUAUCUAUUAAAUGUUUGUAGUGAAAAAGAAAAAGUAAAAGGAAAUAAUAUAUAAAAUAAAAAACUAACUUGAAAAUGCUGUUGAGAUAAGUAAAGUUCAAGCCUUGUGGGAUCAACUCCAACUGGUAGUGGUCGUUGUAAUAAUUGAGCUGGUGGGUAAGUGCUUUGUGUUAAUCGAGCCAGCUCACUUUCAACUUUCAGCAUUUCACCUGGAUUUCGGCCCUCCUAAUAAUAAAAUAAACAUUAUAAUACAAUUUGUAUAUUAUCAUGUAAGAUUCAUGCAGAAUUUUUAUUUCUGUAAUUCCUUAAAAGUUCAUUUUUAUUACUACCUGCAUAUUUAAUUCCGCAAUAUCGUCGCGGUAUGUCCACGUAGGAAAUAGAUUUAUAAAUUGCAAUGGCUCUAAGCCAGCCCAGACUAGAUAUAUUGGGAAUUUUGUAAUAUUUGGAUGAAUACUUUCCCAGUACUGGAUUGCCAUAGUCAUUGUAGUUUUUCUUUCAGCUUGCCAUCUUACUGCUUUACUACCAGAAUGAUCUUCAGCUUCAGAAUCAGGCCACCAUCCUUGCCAUAUCCAUACCUCAUUUUUAUUGUCGAGUAAAAAUAAGGCUGUUGAAAAAUAAUAGGUAUUUUUUUCAUUUAGAAAUUAUAAUGUGGUGAUAUAGAUUUUUAUAUCUUUUAAACUGAUAAUAAUAAUAAUAAUUCAACAAUA